CCGGCUUAAGGAUAUAGGGUUUUUUAUUUUUUUUAUUUUAAAUGUUGACCACAGGAAGUCACUAUAUAUUGUCUAUUGUCAUCUGUCACCUGUCACAUCGAAAAUGAAAUUAACGUGAAAAACUUAACCCAUUUAUCACAAAUUUAAUAGAAAUAAUGUUAAUAAUACUGAGUUCAUAACAAAAAUGAAAAUAUAAAUAAUAUUCAAUUAUUAAAAGUGGUAUUUUGUCACAAUAAUGGACUCUGAUGAUUUGUGCAACAUUGAGUUCAUUGAUUUGAACGGCGUAGAAGAAACUGAACAGCUUCGAAUAAGAAAUUCUCUACAGCAGUUGGAUCCUAGUGUACAACUUCCUUGGAUUAAAGACAAAAAAAUACUUCUACGCGGUAAACAAAAUACAAAUGGAUCAGAACAAAGGAGUAUAACGGAGACAGCCCCAGCUUCACAUCACAACACAUUCAUUCAACAUCCUAUAAUUACUCAACCUGUAUAUUAUAAUCACCAGCAACCACCUGUUGUGGUGCAACCUCUCAUUACCUACCCUCAUCCUUCCAAUAUUGUCUAUUAUCCUACCAAUGUGAUUUCGCCGGUGUCUCCUCCAUAUCCCCAACAAGUGUUCAUACCGCACACAAGCUACUCUCAUUCUUAUCCUUGUGCUGUGCCCACAGAAGAAGUUGUAGCCGAAGAGGAUCCCAUAGAAGAGAUUUCAAAGGAAAAUGGUAUAGAAGAUGAAGGGAUAGUACAAAAUGGUACAACACCAGAAAAAGUGCCUGAAACAAUCCCUGUCUCUCCUGUCGUACAGAAUGGUGAUGAAAAUGCAGAUGUAACUGCUAGUCCCGCCCCGGCCAAUAAGUCGUGGGCAAGUUUAUUUAAUUCAAAUAAAUCUGCUAGUAACACUCCUACUGUUAAACAGAAUUCAGACAAAAAUACUUCUAUUCAGGCUGUGAACAAGGAAUCCAAUAAUAAUGACGCAAUUUGUCCCAUCAAGCAUCCAAGAAAGUCACAACAGUUUGUUGAUCCAGACUGUUAUAGAAUGGGUGAAUAUCUUACUUCAUAUGUUAUCGAUGGUAAAGCUCUCAGUCUACAACCCAGAGGUUUAUUGAAUCAAAGCAACUACUGCUACAUCAAUUCAAUCUUACAAGCACUGGUGGCCUGCCCGCCAUUGUACAAUCUUCUGACAGGUUUAGCACAAAACAUUUCUUCGAAUGAGAAACGGAAGCCAACUCCAGUCAUUGAUGGAAUGUGUCGCUUCGCCAAAGAAUUCAAAUAUUUACCCCCGAGUUUGAGAAACAAAGACAAAAAGCCUGACAAGAAUACAAAAAAAGACGCAAACGUUUUGAUUAAUACAGAUAUUCCUUUCGAACCAACUUGGAUAUAUAAAAUGCUAAACGGAAUCAGAACGGAUCUCAUCGAGGGUCGACAGGAAGACGCGGAAGAGUUUCUUGGAUUCUUGCUAAAUGGAUUAAAUGAUGAAAUGUUAGAGCUAAUCAAAUUGGUAAAAAAUGACAGAGAAGAGACAGUGGAAUCCCCGCCAUUUGUUAUCGAUGACAAUGGAGACAAAGAAUGGAAGGUUAUGGGACCAAAAAAUAAACUUAGCAUUACCAGAAGGACAGACUUUGAUAGAACUCCCAUAAGCGACAUUUUUGGAGGGUUACUAAAAUCGAAAAUUCACAGGGCUGGUGACCUUAGCACUGAGAACAUUCAGCCGUUUUUCACUCUUCAGCUAAAUAUAGAGAAAGUGAAAACGGUGAGAGAAGCCCUAGAAGCACUUGUGAAUAAGCAUCAAUUAGAAGGUUUAACUUCUUCCAAGACAAACGAGGAAGUCGAAGCUUGGCAACAAGUACUUUUGGAUGAAUUACCAGUUAUACUUAUCCUUCAUUUGAAGUGUUUCGACUACAAGCAGGAUGGUUGCACAAAAAUUAUCAAAGCUUUGGAGUUUCCCGUCGACCUGAAAAUUGAUCAGAAACUCUUAUCUUCUAAGACACAAUCACAAAAAGAGAAACAUUACAAACUCUUCGCAGUGGUCUACCAUGACGGCAAAGAGGCCAGCAAAGGUCAUUAUGUAACAGACGCAUUUCACAUUGGUUACAGCUGUUGGUUGAGGUACGACGAUGCUUCUGUGAAGACUGUUCAAGAAGAACAAGUACUGAAACCGCAGGGAACCAGAGUUCCUUAUUUAUUAUUCUAUCGACGUAGUGAUACUAUUAGGGGGAAAUAGUUCGAACUUAUGGCCUAAUGUAAUUUUGUCUCUCGUCUAAAUCCCCAAAAAAAAAGAGUAAGAGGUGUAUGCGAAAGUUAUUAUUGUUAAUGUUGACGUAUUUAUAAAUCUAACCUAUUUAUCAUGAUUGUAUUAGUAUUUACUUUGUUUAGUAAUUCAACAUACUUUUUUUUACAAAGAAUUUUUACAGGGUGAGCAGCUUGUAAUUGUUUGAAGGUUUGUGAAUCCCAAUUCUCGAAAUCAAACUAUGGGAGAUUUAAAAUAUUUUUUUAAAUCAUAUUAACAAUAUUAAUAUUGUAUAAUUAUAUAGUUCCUUGGAGAUAGGUGCUUUUGAUUAUUUUUGGAUUAUAAUAAUACAUUUGUAUAUACGAUCGAAUAGAUAUGUAUUCUUUAUUGACAAUAUACAGAUUGAUGAAAAUAUCCAAAGUAGCUUCAAAACCUUUUAUAUACUAUACAUUUAUUGCAGUAUUAGAAUUUGUAUAUGGUGGUGAAAACUUUUUAAUAUUCACUGAUCAAAUUUAGUUUCUUAAUAUUGUUAUUAUGGUCUCUAAUCUCUAGUGGCCGAAUUUAUUGAAUGAAGUAUGAGUUAUUGGAUUUAAAUAAAUAUUUUCCUUUAUUAAAAAAUAAAAUACAUGUAUGAACGAACUAAAAUUAUGGACUAUAAAAGAGC